UAACGGGCAUACCUGAGGUCAGGAAAGAAGCAUCACUCAUCCUGCCAGCUGAGACGCGAAGUGCCAAACGAUGGCUGACGAACACCGCUUUGUUUUCAGCGCCCGCAUCAUUGGAGGUGUUCACAGGGACGCACCGAAACUCAAGAUGUUCAUGCUGUCUGUGCUCUGGUCUGACCAGAAUGAAAUUAUUAUCUACAGAUCAUUCCAGGAUUUCAAGGAAUUUCAUAAACAACUAAAAAGGAGAUUUCCUCAUCUGAACCCUUUCCGGAAAGACGACAGAAUGAUCCCAAAGUUCACAGGGAAGGCCAGGAGGAGCAGCGUGCAAAAGAAAGGCUCUAAGAAAUCAGUCCGACGGAUGAAGUUCUUGGAAAGCUACCUCGAAAAACUGCUGAAGUGCGACCAAAGCGUGACUCGGAGCGUCGAGGUCACCCGCUUCUUCACCCCCAAAGACCACGACCUGCAGCCAGACUACACCAAGAACAGUGUCAUGAUGCUGCUUUCUGAUGAUCAGAAUGACGAGUCAGGUGGAGGAGGAGGCGGAUCUGCCCACCACUUUCACCAUGGAGGCAGCAUCACUCACCCUUUUGUGACCCAGACAUACCACUGCGUGGCUGCCUAUGAGACAAAGGACACCAAGAACCGCCCGUUCAAGGUGGCCAAGGACGAGAAGCUGGACGUCCUGAUCAAAGACCCUGCAGGCUGGUGGCUUGUGGAGAAUGAAGAUAAGCGCCUGGCUUGGUUUCCCGCUCCGUACCUGGAGCUGUCGGAAGGAGACGAUGACUAUGAUGAAGAUGAGCUUCAGCUGAGAGGUGCUCUGUACUGUGCUGUGAGAAGUUACACGUCUAAGAAGGUUGAUGAGAUCUCUCUCCCCAUUGGCUCUGUGGUUGAGGUGCUGAGGAAGUCUGACAACGGUUGGUGGCUCAUUAGAUUCAAUGGCAGAGUAGGCUACAUCCCAACCAUGUACCUGAAGCCAUACAACAACCCUAGGGCAGGCCUUUAUGGGCUGCACAACAGGCUGCAUAGCUCCUCUCUGAAUCUGGCAACAGCCAGCAGGGAUCGCCAGGCUCCCUACCCUCCCAGUAUCCACGAAGAAGAUGACCUACACCAGAAUUCUGCUGGCCCCUCCAGACAAAUGUCUGAGCCUGCACGUCUCCACAAGGCUCGAUCUCUUGAUGUCCUCUCCGAUCCCUGGCCUCAGGGGGAGGAGGAGAGGGAAGCCCCAGCCUCAAUCAGCCGGCCCAGCAUCAUGAGCCAAAUCAGCUCUGAUUCCAUUCUCUCUGAAUUCUCCUCAAGCAGCGACUCGUCCUCCAGUCUGAGGGAGGAGGCGCAGAGCUACGCAGACCACCCUGCAGCCUCACAACAGCCCGACAGCUCGCGCAGCAGCCCCGAUCCCAGCCUCUCAGACGGCGUCAGCUUCAACAACGGCUCAGAGAGUUCUGCGUCUGUCAAGUCCAAAGGCAGCAGCAACGCCUCAGUCGUCCCCAGGGUACCUCCCCGACCCAAAACAGAGGAGAUCCUGACCCGCUGCACCACCAUGACGCGCAAGGCAGCCCUGGCCACCAAGGCUCGGCUCCAGAUUCAGCCCGAGUCCAUUCACAGCCGUUAAGGAAACCACGGCACCAGUGCUAUACAUUGCAAAUCCUACAAUAAGUUGUAUUCUUAAUGAUACUCACUUGUUUCUGCAAACCUUUUAGACUCAUUAUGUGUUUAUAAGAAGAAAAUAUAACUUGUUCAAAGCCACAUUUAGAUAAGUUUAAGAGGCAUUGCUUAACUUUUUUUGCUUGCUUCCUUCUUAUAUGAAAGGUUAAAGGGAAAGCAGCUUGGACGAGGCAGCCGCAGACUAAAAUUUCAUAAAACGAUGUCAAGACAGUUCCCAUUUUAUCAAAUGGAGCUUGGCAUCUUAAUUUUGAAUAUUUCAGUGUAAGUAUAAGACUAAUGUAGCUUCAGUGAAGCAUUAUGAGGAGCAGUAAGUAAGUCUACGUAUGUGACCUAUAGUCACAAUAAAAAUAAAUAAGAAAUAAUAAUAAAGUUUGUUUUCUAGCUUGAAAGAGUGUUUGGGGGAAAUUUCGGUGGCCUUGAAGCGGUUGUAAAUGUACAGGGGCUUUAUGGCUGUUUUAACAUGUAGAAAUCAAUCAAAUAAACUGUGGGUUCAAAAAUAUAGUAAAAGAUUGUGAAUAUAUGGUUAAAUGAUUCUUUUCUCAUUCACUGCAGUGCUUGUGCUUGACAGAUUUGAGAAACUAAUACAUGUGAAGCAGCUGUUGCAAAAAAAAAAAAAAGAGCAGCAAGGCACGCAUCAGUGAACAGACUGAAUGCCAACGCAAAGGCCUUUUGAAUGACUGCACUGAAACCUCAUGGGCAUGGUAAACAAGCUGUCUAGGAAACAGGGAGGAGUGGCUUGUGGGUCUCCUGCCAUGAUGUGUUGUUUUUGUGCAUCUUUACAUUUUUCAUUUUUGUUUGUUUUUAAAGUAGCCUCCUGUAUGAAUGUGCUGCUGCUUCACUAUGUACUUUAUAUCCUGCGUGAA